AUGUACGGCGAGCUGGGCAACAAGCUCAUCGUCCGCGCCGUGACCCGCGAAGUCCGCGACCUCGAACGCGAUGUCGCCCGCCUUCUAGACCCCUUCCACGGCGAAUUCAACCCCUCCGCUGACCCCGCCGUCGCCUGCGCGCUGCUAGUUGACCAUCUCUGCAUGCGCCGCAACAAGCGCUGUCUGCUGGCGUACCACCGCGUGCGCACCGAGAAGCUGGAGGAGCUGUGCUGGACGGGCGUUGAUGUGCUGGAGCAGCAGCAGCCCAGCGACGCACCUGACGAUCGCUCUACUGCUGCUGCGAUGUCUUCCGGGACGGGACACAGCUCGCUCAGCCCCGAGGAGGAGGAGUAUUUUCGGUUGUAUGGCGAUAUGCUCGCGGCUUAUAAGGGCCAGUUCACGGAUAUUGAUCUGACGGGCUCGUUGGAGCCGCCGAGAGAUUUGUUCAUUGAUGUGCGGGUGUUGAAGGAUGCUGGUGAGAUACAGACGGAAUAUGGGUAUGUCUUGGUGUUUUUCAUUGGGUUCUUUACUAACGGUGAUGAUGACUAG